GGCAACCGGGCAAGUUCCUGGUCUUGUCGCGCCGCGUGUGGCAGACUGGGAGCAGAAGCGUGGUGGCUGUGAGGAAAACGUGAGCGCUCUCAUUAUAGAGAGUACUACAAGCUUUAUAACUGUAACUGAGCUGCUGCCACAAUGCUCGUGUUGUUUGAGACCGCGGCUGGCUACGCCAUAUUCAAAGUCCUUGAUGAGUCCAAGCUGCAGCAGGUGAACAGCCUGUAUAAAGAGUUUGAAACGCCAGAAAAAGCAAACAAAAUUGUGAAGUUGAAGCACUUCGAGAAGUUUCAGGACACAACAGAAGCCUUAGCAGCUGCCACUGCCCUGGUUGAGGGGAAAAUUGGCAAGAGUCUAAAGAAAGUGCUGAAGAAGGUAGUUGCUAAGGAGGCUCACGAGCAGCUAGCAAUCAGUGAUGCAAAGCUGGGUGGAGUUAUAAAAGAAAAGAUGGACCUGAGCUGUGUCCACAGCCCGGCUGUGUCUGAACUGAUGAGAUGCAUCAGGAGUCAAAUGGAGAGUCUGAUCAGUGGACUUCCUCCCAAAGAGAUCAGUGCCAUGUCUCUGGGGUUGGCUCACAGUUUAUCCCGCUACAAGCUGAAGUUCAGUCCAGACAAAGUGGAUACUAUGAUUGUGCAAGCUAUUUCUCUUCUGGAUGACCUGGAUAAAGAGCUCAAUAACUACAUCAUGCGCUGCAGGGAGUGGUACGGCUGGCAUUUUCCAGAGCUUGGAAAAAUCAUCACAGAUAACUUGGCUUACUGCAAAACUGUCCGCCACAUUGGUGACCGCACAAACGUAGCCGGCUCGGAUCUGUCUGAAAUCAUUCCCGAGGAAAUCGAGGCCGAGGUGAAGCUGGCUGCUGAAAUCUCCAUGGGAACAGAAGUGUCAGAGGAGGACAUUGGUAACAUCAGGCACCUGUGUGAUCAGGUGAUAGAGAUUUCGGAAUACCGCGCACAGCUCUAUGACUACCUAAAGAACCGAAUGAUGGCGAUCGCCCCCAACCUGACUGUAAUGGUGGGUGAACUGGUUGGAGCUCGGCUCAUCUCGCAUGCUGGUUCACUCCUGAAUCUGGCUAAGCACCCAGCUUCCACAGUACAAAUCCUAGGAGCAGAGAAGGCUCUGUUCAGAGCACUGAAGACUCGUAAAGACACACCCAAGUAUGGUCUCAUCUACCAUGCAUCUUUAGUGGGUCAGACCACUGCCAAAAAUAAGGGCAAGAUUUCGCGUAUGCUGGCGGCUAAAGCAGCUUUGGCUAUUCGUUACGAUGCCCUGGGAGAGGACACAAAUGCUGAAAUGGGAGCAGAGAACCGAGCCAAGCUUGAGGCUAGAUUGCGCCAGCUGGAGGAGAGGGGCAUACGACGAAUCAGUGGAACCGGCAAGGCAAUGGCAAAGGCAGACAAAUACCAGCACAAGAGUGAAGUGAAAAUUUAUGAUCCGUCUGGUGAAUCAACUAUUCCUACAACCUCAAAGAAGAGAAAGUUUGAGGAGGUAGAGGAGGAGGCUGAGGAACCUGUAACACCUGUAGUUAAAUCAAAGAAGGCCAAAAAGGAAACAGUAACACAAGUAGAAGAAGAAGCUACAACAUCUGCAGCAGCUGAGGAACCCCCAAAGAAAAAGAAGAAAAAGAAGAGAGUGGCAGAUGAACCCGAGGAGGAGGAGGUGGUUACAGUAACAGAGUCAGCAGAGAAGAAAAAAAAGAAGAAAAAGAAAGUAAAAGAGGAGGAAGAAGAUUAAACACGAUGGAGAAUGUGUAUAUAUUCAGUUUUAUUUUUGUCAUUUUAGUUUUGAAUAUUGCAUUUAUAUUCAACAAGGGCAAUUGCAGACAUACAGUAUUGUUAAAUUUCUAAUCUAGUUUGUUGAUCCUGACAAUGUUUUGAUUUGUGGACACAUCUGUAUCAGAUUUGUAUAAUAUCCUGUGCUAAACAAUGAGUUGAAAACAUUUUCCAAAUAAUUAAACUUUUAUUGUCUCAAUGAACAUCUGCCCUGUAAAAUAAACUUUUUUUAAUGUAA